AUGGCAUUAGCUGCAGAAUCGCAGUUCCAUGUCCUGGCUGUGGAUGACAGCCUCAUUGAUAGAAAACUGAUUGAGAGGCUCCUCAAGACCUCAUCUUUUCUAGUGACCACAGUUGAUUCUGGAAGUAAGGCUCUGAAGUUUCUGGGUUUGGGGGAGGAUCAUGGAAGCGCAGCAUCCUCUUCUUGUGAACAGCUAGAGGCUGAAGUGAAUAUGGUGAUUACAGACUACUGUAUGCCUGAAAUGACUGGCUAUGAUCUGCUGAAGAAAAUAAAGGAGUCAUCAGCUUUGAAGAACAUACCGGUUGUCAUCAUGUCAUCUGAGAAUGUUCCUGCCAGGAUUAACAGAUGCUUGGAAGAUGGAGCUGAAGAAUUCUUACUCAAACCAGUAAAGUUAUCAGAUAUGAAUAAGCUCAGACCUCAUAUACUGAAAGGAAAAUGUAAAGAGCAACAGGGAAAGAACAACAGUAAUGAUGAUCUCAGUAGCAGUGGCUCCAGGGAUAUAGUAACUACAAAUGCUAGUAGCAAUCUGAAUAGCACCAAAAGAAAAGCAAUGGAUGAGGGCCUUUCACCUGAAAGGAAGAGGGCAGGGUUCUCAAGAAAAAAUGGCAAUAGCUUGACUGUUUUGUGAUUAUUGUUAACCAUUUUUGAAUUCUCAUUUCAUUUUGAUGAUUAAUUAUUCUGUACGGACACCAACUAGAAUGCGACCCUUCAUCCUUGCUCGGUACCGCA